UACUAACUAUACAGUCUUUCUAAAGACCAUACAUAAUCAGCAUAUAUGAAAAUGUAUAAACACUAAUAGUAUAUAUAUAUAUAUAUGAAUUUCUGAUGCGUUGUUUUAAUAAGUUUAUAAUUAUUACAUAAAUUUAAGUUGCUCAUAAUAUCUAAAGUUAACGAUUUGUUUUAUUCAAGUUUAGAUAAAUAAUUAAAUAACGAUUAAUCAUUUCCAUCAUUAAAACAUUUUAAGAGUGCGUUCAUUUUUUUAUUAAAAAAUAUCCAAAAUGAGUCAAUCUUCAACACGGAAUAAUGUCAUUAUUAUUAAAGAUUUUGUACUACAUCUAUCGAAUGAAGAUGAAUGGAUUGAUUCAAAAAAAGUCGAUUUAAUAGAUGAUGCUUCUUGCGGUCAAGUUUAUAUUUCUGGAAUACGGCAUUACUGUAAUAAAUUGAAUGUCACAAUAAGAAAAACUUUCAUUAAAUCGGCAAUUGCGACCAUUGAGCUAAAAAUGAGUGAUCAAGAUUCGGUUAUACAAAAUUUUGAUGAAUGGGAGGAAUCGUGUGGUUUUAAGAAUAUGACACUGCCUCACGACUUUUGGAACUGUUAUGGAUGUAAACCUGGAGGUUUCAGAACCAUUAAUCACAUCCAUAAGUACGAAUAUAAUGUCAAUAUUUCUUGCAAAAUAAUCUGGUACGGAUUUUUCGAUGAUUUCACUUCUAAUGCUUAUAAAAAUCUUAAAAAUUAUUUAAACAAUUCUACAUUGAGUGACGUUAUGAUAAAAGUCAAAGACAAAGAAUAUCCAGCACAUAAAAUUAUAUUAGUUUCUCAAAGCUCUGUAUUUGAAAAAAUGUUAACAACUGACAUGAAAGAAUCGAGAGAAAAUUGUAUCAAUCUUCCAGAGCUUGAUGUCGAAGUUGCUGAAGAAUUACUUUACUUUUUAUAUCAUGGCGAAUUGGAUAAAGCUUGUGAAAAUAAUGAAAUGUUAUUAAAAUUACUGGAAGUUGGACAUUUAUAUCAAUUAUCUAACUUAAAUAAUAUUUGUGGUUUACUUUUGAGUAAAAGUAUGACAGUUGAUAAUGUAUUGAUGUUGUAUGAAAAUGCUAAAAAAUAUGAUUCGUUUAUUUUGUAUCAUCUAUCAAAGGCAUUUAUUCGGAUUAAUCGAAAAGAAAUUAUUCUUUCAGAUAAUUUUAAAGAAUUUUGUCUGAUUAAACCUGAAUUUAUGUUCAAAUUCUUUACAAUUUUUAAUGAUAUAAUUUAAAAUAUAAUUUUUUAUAACAUUUUAUUAAUUAUUAUUAUUGUUCUGUCU